AUGAUUGGCUGCGUACCGCCGGCAGGCUUUAUAACAGCAAGCGAUGGACGAACAUUGGCACCGCUUGUUGUGGGCAGGGGUGCCCCCACGCAAUGGGUAACAUCACGGCCUGUGGAAGAGGGGGAGGUAUUGUGGUCGGAGUGCCUCUUUGUCUUUGGUGUUGGUGAAGGCGGCGGUCGACUUUUGAUGUUGACGGAAGACAUGGAGUGGAAUAAGACGGCUUUGAUGGUAUGGAACGCUAUGGUCUCCAAAGGGGGCGAAAAAGUGACGGUGUGGUCCGUGGGGUUCAGCGCACUUGCUCGUGCACUGCUGUUAGCGGGGAGUCGUUGCCCUGCCGUUGCAACCAUGCUUGUUGAGCCGCGAUCCAUAUCUUUGCACUCAGACUCCGUGGCGGUAUCGUUGUCGACACUUUUGGUGAAGAGCUAUGAAAAAAUGAAGGGGGCUUCUCCGUUCACACCAAUAGCAGCCAGCUGGCUACUUAUUGCCAUGCAGGAAGGCAGUCUACCACUUCAUGAUCCGGUAGACGCAGGGGUGGCAUCGCUAAGUUGUUUUCUUUCUUUCUCACGAAAGGUGGCAAAAGUUCCUUUAAGGGCGGCGUCAAACGCUUCUCUCUUUAUCGAGUCAGUAACGAAGGCGGGUGAGGUUAGAGUAUGUUGUAGGGCUCGCAAGAAUAUUCCUGCGGAGGCACCGGUGAGAUUGCAUGUGGGUCGUUCGUUGGACGCUUCUGUGACAGUUGAGGACAAACUACAACUUGAAUGGGGAAAUUAUUGUUGUGGAAUAGAAGGGCGAUUGCUUGGUGUUGCAUGA